AUGUUAGCGGGAUUGUUGUUAUGUGGCUUGUUCGGCUUUUCGGUGCUUAGCUUUGCAGGCUGGAAUGAAGUCGAGGCUGUCCCAACAGGUCGAUGGGGAUUAGCCGCUGCCGCCGUGGACGAUCAGGUCUACGCUAUCGCUGGUCAAGAUGAUAGUCCCAAACUCUCAAAAGUGGAAGUGUACGAUGUCGCAAGGAACAAAUGGAACGAGGGAAAGGAGAUACCAAGCGGCAGGGUGAUGCACGCCGCGGUUACCUUCAAAGGAAAGAUUUACGUCUUUGGCGGAACAUUUGAUGGAAUUGAUCCCGUGGCAAGAGUCGAGGAGUAUGAUCCGAAAAAGGAUGUCUGGACAAUGAAAGCAGCGAUGCCGACUCCGAGAAUCGCUCCGAUGGUGGUCGCAAUGAGCUCGAAUAUCUACGUCAUCGGCGGCGCGACCGCCCUCUACUUUCCGUCUCCGGUGAUCGAGGUAUACAACCCCGCGACGGACACAUGGGAACAGAAGCCGGACAUGCCCAAUCCGAGAUGGGGGGCAGCCGGCGCUAGCAUUGCGUCAAAGGGGAAGAUUUAUAUCUUUGGUGGCGCGACCGAUUUCACCCGCGAAAACUCAACCACAGCGGUGGAUGAAUACGACACCAGAACGGAGACAUGGACACCCAAAGCCGAGAUGCAGCGACCGCUUCAUAAUUUUUCCGCCAGUUUCGUCAAUAGCGGCAUGAUUUAUGUCAUCGGCGGUCAGAAAUGGAAGGGCAAAGGCGGCGUUGAUGGCGGUAUUAAUGACCCGGAUUGGACAUUCUACGACGAUGUUUGGGAAUACUACCAGCAGACGAGAUAA